CCUAUCAUAUGACCCACAGAAUGGGAAGUGCAGGCUAGAAGAAGCUCCAGACAGUUGAUACGUACAAGUAAUACAGCAUAACUCAUCUUUUUAAUAACGUCAUUCAACUAAACAGAGCAAGCUGCUCCCAAAAAUGACAAAUCUGGACCACAGCAAUUGGGCCAACAGGGUUGCUGAUUUUUUUCAUAGCCCUAGCCAUUUUCUCCUUGCCACAUCUACAGAUGCUUUUUUAGCGGACAUUCUUCAUGACAUAAAGAAUGACAAAAUCAGCGAAGGUACAAAGGUUCUAUUGCUCAGCCCAUUGUUGGAGUACCCAACUCUGUUGUGCACAUCGCCACACAUCGCAGAACAGACAGCAUCUUCGUUACUAGACAUCCUGAUUCAAACGCCACACACCCCUAAGACGGUGAAUCUGAAGAGCCACCUCAUGCUCUCCAUCACCAGUGUGUUAAUAUCCACCUCCUGCAUGAAGCCAGGACUUGGAGUGGCCGAGAGGCUUAUAGAAGCUUUGAUUCAAACUUUGCAGGACACAAAUGACCAUAAGUGUGGAGUUUUCUGUCGACCCAUGAGAGCAAUCGCAAGCGAGUGUCUACGAGAGUUUGAAGUUUGUUACCCGGGACUUCUUUCCCAAAAGCUGGACAUCCUAAGCUCCCUCAGACAACAUGAAAGUUCACCUCUUCACCAAAGCUUUUCUCUUUUGUAUUCUGUGGCUCUGAAAAAUGCAGUACGCUGGCUGACGCUACAGAAUGACAUUGCAGACCGAGAUUUAAAGGACAUUUUGGUGAGAAGUGAAGGGCUGGCCUGGAGUGCAACUGAAAACAUGCUGAAUCUGUUCCCCAUCACCACAGGGGAUGUGAUUCCAGUGCUUCCUUACAGUAUGGAAAUUAGAGAGCUGAAGUCUGUUAUUUCCUUGUUGUUAGAGGAGUCCUAUCUUCUCACUCCUAUAUGCCAGGCCUCCUUGCUACGGGAGUUAACCCAGGUGGUUGCCAUGGUUCAGUCUCUGUCACCGACAAUUUUUAAGUCUCAGCUUUUGCGCCUGUUUGGGACAGUGGAGAUUUCCCUUCUGCAUGCGAUGCUACAGAUGAAAGGCACCUUCACAGACAGUCUGUUCACGGCUGAAGAUGAGAACUUUCUUCUGAAACGUUUGGUAGGUAUGGCUCAGCACCCUCUCCUGCCUGUGCCUCAUAAACUUUUCUACAUAGACUGUAUUCUUCACUUCCCAGAGAACAGACCAAUUUGUUCAAGUGGAGAGGAAAACUUGCCUGUGUUGGUGACGCCACAGAUGACCUCCUUGCUCUUUCCUACUGUUUUUAAUGAAAGCCAUACAAUGUUAUCCCGGUUCAAUCUUCUUUGCCUUGUGUAUCUGGAAGCUGGGAAUGAAGAAGAUAAAGGAGCAGGCUAUAUGUAUGAGCACCUGAUGGCCCUUCAGGCAGUUGUUGAGCACCACAGCAGCAGAGAGAUAGCAGUGACAUAUUUUAGAUCUGUGUACAUUUUCUUAUAUUAUUUUUACCAAAACGAGAAAUACCCAGGAAACCUCAUCCAGAGCCUGUGUCAGCUCUACCAAAAGCAUUGUGACUUUGCUCCUCAUUUUAUCAACUUAGCCGAGUGUACCCAGAGAACUUUAGAUGAUUCCCCAUGGCCUACUGACCUCCUUCAAGCUGUCCAGAUUUUAAUUGUACAACUGCCUCAAGAUCAACUCAUCCAGUCGAGCCUGAGCUGGAACUUGAAAAUGCUGAGCAGAAUAGCCAAUGAGAGCCAAGUUUCACAAGGCAGCACCGUUCACUUCUUGCUGAAUCUCCUCUUAAAUUCAGGACUCUGCACAUCUGGGAAUUGGCGGAUGGGCAACAGUGUGCUUACUGUGUGCAGAAAUGUAUUACAGCAUCCCAGCUUGGACAAGAUCUUCAUCGAGCUGGCCGACCUACUACAGUUUAUGAUGCUGCGAUUUGAAGAUCUAGACAUUCAAGAUCACGCCCGAUUCUAUUACACUCUGCUCACUAACCUUUCCAAAGACAAACUUGCCUCUAUCCUGGCUAGUGGAGCAGGAGCAAGUCGGACCAAAGUCAGGUCAUUGUCCUCCAUAAUGGCAGAAAGUGAAGAACUAUCCAGCUCUUUGACUGUACAUUCAACCAGGCACCCAGUGUUGCAGCUGAUUAAAGUUUCAGCAGAUGAUGGAAGCAGGCGGCAACUUACCGACUGUGGAGAGCCACUGGAGGACAUUCCUGAUUGCGACCUUUUCAAAAGCUAUUGUGAUCAGUUUCUGCACUUGUCUCCAGUGAUUAUUUUGAACUACCAUCUGACAUUUGUAGGGAGUGUAGAUCCUUCCUUUGCCAAACUUUUCUGUAUCCGUUUACAUUUUGAGCUCACAGAUGGCAAUUACGCACCUUGCAGUGAGAUCACUGUCCCAAGCCUCUUCCAAGAAAGGAAGCCCCACUUGAUUACUCUCACUUUAAAACCCAUACGGCCUUACCCCACCGUGCUUAAAGUCUGUGCUGUAUUUACUACGGAAGAUGGAAUCUCCUGGCAAACCCAGCUCAACCCAAUCUCUGUUGGCUUUUCCGAAGUCUUUCUGUCACUUCCAGUUCCUCGUCAGUGGCCUGUACACAAAAAACUGCAACUCUUUGACCAGAUGUGGUGCUUUCUGAGCUCGGAGAAAUCGGAAGUGUCUGCCACUAGCAGGUUCUGCUUUGAAGCUGAUGAACAGUCCUUAGAGCGCAUGCUUGAUUUGCACUUGAGCACGUUUGCAAUUUCUAAGAACCCAGAACCAGAGACUUACAAAGUUCUUGUGUUUCUGCCUCCAAAAUUUCACAUUUUGUUGCAGAUACAGAGGACAGAAGAUGCAGUCUGUGUUAGUAUUGUGACAGACAGUUGGCAGCUCCUACCUUUCAUAAAUGCGUACCUGCAAAGCAUCACAUCUUCUAGCGGCUUGGAUAGCAGUCUUUCUGUAUUAAAGCUAUAAAAAUCUAUUCAUCCUAA